CUUCCUACUAACUACCUCAUCUUCCCCAUCUCUUCUUGAUAUCUUCAUUCCUAUAUAUCAUCUUUGUUGACUGGGAUGGUGACUCACACGUGGUUACAAUCUUUUGUUAGUGACGCUCAUUGAUGAAUCUCACACUCCACAGAUCGACUCGUUGCUGACAGGAAUACGACCGACUUGACAACAAAUACCAUGCGGUUUGCCGUCCAGGAGAGUCUGCUCGCGGAUGUCGUGCGUGUCGUGCAACAGUGCUCGACUGAUCAGCGUCAAAGUUUUCUCGGCGAACCGAAGAUCUUCUGCUCUUGAUUGCGAUGUUCGUAUUGAAUCGGGGAUGUUUUGUCACCUCACAGGUUGCAGGAAAAGAAAUGAGCCCACAGUUUCAGGGUCUUCCACCCAAGCCGAUCGCCCAAGCCGAUCGCCCAAGCCGAUCGCCGCCGUCAACCAUGUGUCUCGCAUGCAUGGCAUUGCUUGGUUCAGCUCCCUCAAGGACCUCAAAAGUUGUUGCAACAAUUACAACCAACGAACCGACAUCUCAGACUGCGAAGCAUGUCCACCACUUCGGUGUCCAACAACGUUGCGCUGAUGAAAGCCCACCCUUGAAGGAGUUCACGCGGUGCGCGCGGUGUGCGUGCUUUGCGCCAGCUAACCUCAGCCAACUUAGCCAGCAAUUGAUGCAUCUUGGCACACAGGAACGAACGAUGGUCAGACCGCGAUUCGCGCCCUGCAUCAACUCCUAUCAGCUUUGGAAGAUCUCCAGAUUCUUUUCUUCGUAUCCACGGUCUGUCCGCGCCGUACGCUUAUCGCAUUUAGCUGACGGGGUCAAUAUCAGCUGCCGCUUGCCAUGUGCGGAUUGGUGAACAGUGUAGCCCCUGGGGCUUGCCUGCCGUUCACGAGCUACGAAUAACUAGCCCUCAUUUUACUAUCGUAUCGUUGGGUCACCCGCCGACGGCGUAUCUUAGGGUAGGCUUUGCUCUUUUGUUCGA